AUGAGGUCGAGGAAGUCGCGGAGCCCGCAGCGCAGGCUCGGGAAGUCGAGCAGCCUUCCUAACAUCAAGAAGGCGUAUGUCGCGCCUCUGCAGCUUUGCUCCGUGGACCUCCAUGCCAAGACUUUCUCGAUCAAAGAUAUCAAGAAAGGCGCAGUCGCCGGCCGGGGAAGCCAGCGGCUGCCCUUCAUGGCCUUCGAGCGAGGUGUCGAGUGGGAGCAGCCGGGAGCCAAAGCGACGCCUCCGCCACGACUGCCCUCUUUGAGCCGCAUCAUGCAUUCUAUCCAGAGCAUGCAGUUCUCCGACCAGAGCCUGUCGGCGAUGAGCAGCGGGAGCCUGCGCUCGAACCCGGCCUUCGGCGGCUCUGGGCCCUACCGGGGAGGCCCACGCCUCCCCGUGAAGCACAGCAAGAAGAGGCUGCAGGGCCUCCUCACCAAGCCGGCGUCGAGGCAUGGCCGCUCCCCAGGGGCCACGAAGACCGACCGGCCGCCCUCGAAGAACCGGAAGCGCGCCGGUUGGGCCGGCGUGGAAGCCCAUGAGUUUCGGGUGGACACCGUCGACCUCGAGGACCCCGAGCCGGAAGAGCCCACGCCGAACCGGAAAGAGUCGGUGGUCUCGGAGACGGCCUCCAGUGAUUCCAGCUCUUCCUUUUCCUCGGACUCCUCAAGCGAUUCCUCGAGCGAUCUGGGCUACGACAGCGAGGAAGAGGAGCGCAAGAGGCAGGCUUACUCCAAGCGGACAUCAGGCCUGACCCGCAGAAUGUCAGCGUUUGCAAUGAUGCUACCUUUGCUCGAUUCCAACAACCAGCCAGUUCGCCGAUCCUCUGUGGCAGAGGCGUUCUUGAAGAACCUCGAAGAAGAUGGGGAUGAUGGAGGCAACGACGAGCUCGACUUCCCCUGGAGUGACGAGGAAUGCCGCAGUGUCUUCAUCAAGUUCGACACAGACACCGACGGUGAGGUGGCCACCGAAGAGUUGGAGCUGAUGCUCAGGUAUAUGGGCUGCGUUCUGAGACCCGGGGAGAUCGAGAGGCUCGUCAAGGACAUGUUCAGCUAUGCGACCGUCAGCUGGGAGGAGUGGAUGAAUUUCUUGGAGAGAUAUCGGGAGGUUGAUGAGCAGUACCUGAGAGCGGAGUUCGCAGCUGCAGAUAAUGACCACAACGGGGUCCUCGACGUCCAGGAGCUUCGCGCGCUCUUGACCAAGCUGGGUUACGUCACGGAGGCGCACACGGUGCAAGAGGCUAUGGACACAAUCGGGUGUGGAGCCACAGGCACUGUCAGCCUUCGGAAGUUCGAGAAACUGCGGGAGCAUCUGCGGUGCACUGAAGGCCUGGCGAAAGACGACGUCAAAGAGCUUCGGGAGCUUUAUGACCGCAUGGCAAGGACAGCAAAGGCCCAAAGCAGGUCUCGAAAGGUGGACAUCGGAGCUGGCAGCCAGAGUGACAUUGCCAAGAAGCUCAUCGCUGAAACCCAAGAGAUGCCGGUGGAAGAUGUGUCCCGCCUGGUGCAGUACCUGGGCUACAGCAUCAGCGCCGAGAAGCUUGAGGCGAUCGCGCAAGAAGUGGACAACGACUCAAGUGGAUACAUCAGCUUCCAGGAGCUUCUCAAGUUGAUUCGGAGGGUCCGCGACGCCGAGAGAGAGGCCAUCGCCUCUGUUUUCGAUCUCUUGGCCGAAGAUGGCUCCCCACUGCUGCUACAAGAUCUGCCCCGUGCACUUGUAGAGCUGAAGUAUUUCGCAUCAGAUGACCUGAUCUUCUCCAUCCUGGACGAACUGUACCCGCUGGAUACGCAGAGCUGCAUGACCCAAGAUGAGAUAGCAACUUUCUUGCGCGAGUUCCGUGAGAAGGAGGGCCUGACGCAGCAGGAGACGGCGGACAUCCGUGAGGCGUUCGAUCAUCAAUGCAAGGUCACAUCGCAGCGGAAGUUCGUCCAACAGCUGGAAGAUCCCAAUGUCAACGUUGCUAGUCCCAAGACAGCAGCACCGCCCCCGAGGGAGAAUUCGGCGUCGACGGCGAAGCUCAAACCGGCCAGCCAGAAGGUCACGGUGCUAGCCAGCCCUGUCGCCUCCCCCAAAGCGAGCUCCUCUCCACGACCGAACAGCCCGUUCAACUUCGAGAGUGCGCCCAUCGAACAGGCACUCGACCCGCUUCAAGCGAGCCGGGUGAUGCGAUGGUUCAGCUUCGUGAGGCCCUUCCAGGAAGUGCAAGCCUUGGUUGAGCAGUUCGACCUCGACGGAACCGGAAAGCUCGAAUUCGAGGGGUUCCUGAAGCUCAUGCGCGGCUUCGUCCUGGAAGAGCGAGAGAAGCAGUGGAAUGUCUUCAAGAUGCUGGACAGCCGAAACACUGGGCAUGUGCCUGUAGCAAGGCUUCCAUAUGCCCUCUCGAAGUUGUAUGACGACACCAGCUCUGGCAUGACCAAGCGGGGUGAGCAAGCAGCGCGCAUGGCCGGCUUCUCACUUCUGGACACGAAGAAUGCUGUCUCACGAUCAGCCUUUGAGCUCUUCUGUCGUUAUGUCCGCAAGAUUCUGCUCCAGGACAUUCGGCAAAAUGCGUGCUACACUCCAAACGAGGUCGUGGCAUUGCGCGACUGCUUCCAGCGCUUCGACAAAGACAAGAGUGGCACGGUGGAGAACAGGGAGCUCGCCAAGAUCAUCGCGGAGUACUUUCCUGAGGCUACGAAGUCCAAGGAAGGGCGAGCCGAGGUGCAAAUCAUCCUCAAGGAUGUUGAUCAAGAUGGUAGUGGCCGACUCUCCUUCAGCACCCUCCUGGUUCUGAUGCGAAGAUGCGACGACAUCCGCGAUGAGAGGGAUCUACAAAUGGAGAUGCAGGUGGUGCAGGAGCUGGACAUGGACUACGAGGAAGUGGACGGUUUCCGGCAGAUCUUCGACCUGCAUGCCAACUGGGUCAAGGAGCUCACGUUCGACUCUCUUCUCACAAUCAUCAGCCGCAUAGCUGACAUGAGCGAGGACGAUGUCAGCCACCUGAGCGCGAUGGUCAGGGAGGUGCAUCCCGAGCAUCGGUUGCUGCUGCGGUUCCCUCACUUUCUGCAAGUGAUGCGCCGCCUGACAGACGAGAACACUGGGAACAUCAACCACGCAUGCGCGCGGGUGCUCAAGAAACAGCGGCUUGGUGACAAUCUGAGUGGUCCUGUCCGAGUGUCUGGUGAUGUUGCGUUUCGCUUCGAGUCGCUCUGCCUUUGCUGUUUUGAGGCAGACCCGUGCAUCGAUGCUGGCUGGGCCACCGACCUGAUGGAGCUCCGCAAGAAGGAGGAGGCUUUGGAGUCGUUGGAGGAUGAGGUGCAAUUCGAACGUCGCCGAAGCGGUGGCGAGGCAGCUGCAGAGCCAGUAGAGUUCCGCAUGGCUGACGAGGCCAGCCUCCGCUCCCGCUGCUCCACUGGUGGCCAAGAGCUCCACGACCCAGACCCGAGACAAGUGCGUCCUGCCACGGUGUCCCAUGUUUCGGACGAGACUUCGGUGGUCCCUCUUCCCAGCGACCACCAGGAGGACGAGGAAGCCGAAGCAGAUGAGAUGUGGGACAUGGACUGGACCGCUGUGACAGGGCGGACAGCCAUAGGCAGCAGUCCUGCAACGUCGCCGCCCUACGAGCCGCCAGCACGAGGACUUCAGGACUCCGAGCGGCAGCUGCUGCAGCAGAAGUUGGAGGAGAAGCGGCUGCUGGCUGAGGCCCACAGUGGGGAGGACCAUCUGACCUUGGAGCGCCGAGAGUUCGACAAGGGUUCCAUGCCGGGAGUCCAUCCAGACAUUGCAGAGAAGCUGGAGGCCCGAAGGCGGGCCAUGGACCACGCAGAGCAAGACGCGCGCCCCUGA